UCCAAUACGAUAUCAACGUGACCCGGUACAAACAAAGAUCAGCUGAUCGCCAUAUUGUAAUAUCGUCGUAUCAAAAUGCCAACUAAAAGAUGUUCGUGGGGGACUUGUAACAGCGACAGCCGAUACUCACACAAGGAUUGGAUGAAGGAUGUUUCUUUUCUUCCCUUCCCUAAGCCAGCGAUUGACUUGGAGAGGUGUCGUCUGUGGAUUAAACAGUGUGGUCGUCCCCACAGCGACUUGUCAGUUGACAAGAUCAGACCUCAUCACUUUGUUUGUUCGAAGCACUUCAUUGAUGGAAGUAAAGAUCCGGUAGCAGCUAAAUAUCCAUCUGCAUCUACACCCAAAGCCAGGUCAGACAGGAAGAGGCCAGCUGAGUCCUUACCAGUAACACCAAAGAUGAAACAGAAGCAUGCUGACCAACCUUUAGAUCUACCAGGUGUGCAGACUGAGAACAUUAGUGAUACAGUGAUUACUCUCCCCAUGUUUCAUGACAUUCUAGACUCAAAUCCUUCUUGUAAUUCUGAAAAUGAUCUAUGUUGUGAAGAAAAUGUUAAUGUCAAUGAUCAGAACAACAAUGUUACAUCUGAUAACACAUCAAUUUGUGCAAGUAAAGAUAAGUUUUUUGUAGACAAUGUGACAGAAAAUGACAAAGACUGUUUCUAUUAUACUGGUGUUCCAACUUUAGUUCUAUUACAUUUCUUAUUUUCAUGGAUUAAACCUUCAGCUCAGAAAAUCAAACUGUGGGAUGGAAAGAGAAAACAUUUGCCAGGAAGAAAAGGUGGUAGACAGAAUAGGAAACUGUCUCUUUUUCAUGAAAUGAUUUUGACUCUUGUUAAGAUUAGAAGAGGCUAUGGCAACAAACAUCUCUCUUAUCUAUUUCAUGUAUCUGAAAGUCAUGUGUGUCGCAUUUUUCUAGCUUGGGUAAAUCUGUUGAGUCAGUGCCUCAGUCCACUCAUUAUCUGGCCUUCUAAAGAAAUAAACAAGGCAAACUUACCAAAGAGCUUUUCAAAUUAUCCUAGAACCCGGGCAAUUAUUGAUUGCACUGAAUAUUAUGUUCAAAAACCUCUACGUCCUGCAGCUCAGAAAGCAACAUGGUCUUCAUACAAACACUCUAACACCUUAAAACAGUUAAUAGCCAUUACUCCAAGUGGAGCUAUUUCAUUUUUAUCUGAUGUUUACAGUGGCUCAAUUUCUGAUGCAGCUAUUGUAAGAGAAUCCAAAUUUGUAGACUUAGUGGAAGAAACUGAUGAUAUAAUGGCUGACAGAGGGUUUAAUAUUCGGCAUCUUCUUCUGCCAAAGAAGGCUACUUUAAAUAUACCUGCUUUUACACAUGGGAAGGUGUUAAGUUCUAAGGCUUUGAAAAGAUCUAGAGGUAUAGCCAAAGUCAGAAUUCAUGUGGAGAGGGCAAUAUGUAGAAUGAAGACCUUUAAAAUUCUGUCCGGCAUCAUACCACUUAAAUUCAGAUUUAUUUUAUUUCAAAUCACCAAAAUUGUUGCAGUUUUGUGUAACCUUCAGCCUUGCCUUGCACAAUGACUCCAAUACUCUGGGUUUCCCCUGUAAAUUGGGAACAUAACCGAUAUCCAGAUAUCAUAUAGUUGCAGUUUUGGUGAAGUUUUUGCAUGUAAAACAAAGCAAAAAAUAGAAAAAGAUAGAUGUAUUAUCAUAGAUAUAUUUAUUUUCCAUAUCUAUUGUGUAAAAUCAUGUUCAUAAAGUUGUUAGCAAUAUUGAACAAUACAAUACUACACAUUUCAGUGACAAUGAUUGUUUGUCAGAAUAACAAAUACACUAAUUAUAAUAGUAUUACAAAUCAUGAAAUUUAUAUUCAAGAACAAUAAUUGUAAUGUACAUGUUUUAUGAUGUUCUAUCAGACUAUCAUUCUUGACACAUUACAUUAUUUUUACCAUAGUCUCUUAGUAUUCAUAGUAUGUAACAUCUUGUGACUUAUACAUUGAAACAAACCUGUUAAUGAGAAAAAUAAAACAACAUGGCUGAACGAGAAUAA